GAUCCACCGUUAUAGCCUCUGUGACUUUGACCUGGCAAUAGCCUUCCUUCUCUGGCCUCAGUGUUCUCCUCUAUAAAGCAAGGGGCUGGACAAGCCAUCUCCAGUUUCCCAGUUUGGCAACACCACUCCUAAAGGAUCUGAAGGGACAACAGGAGGCCCAGGCCUGGAGGUUGGAGGCUUUUUCCUGCAGAAAGAGAAGCAAUUCCGGGCUUUUCCACAGAUAACCUGCUAGGGCUUGCAGAGACCUGGAUUCUAACCCCAUCUCGCCUUUCCUCACCUGGGGCAUUGUUUUCUGCAUUUGAGAACUGCUGGGUGGGCUGGUGUUACCCAGGAUUUUUUAAUUUUUGCAGGAGACGCUUUGCAGGAGAUCUCUAGGGCUUUUUUCUGUGUCAAUUAAAGAGCCUGGCCAGCUGGACCUGGGCUGUCUUUUUGACAAAAACAAACGUCAUCCCCCUCCCAGCUGAGCACUUGUUAGAACUGAACUUUAACUCAGGGCCUGAACCCCCUAACAACGGGACAAACAGUAUGAAAUCAAAACCGUUUACCCUCCUCCCACCAGCGGUUUGCGUAGGGCCUUGGGUGCACUAGCAAAACAAACUUAUUUUGAACAUUCAGCUCCUAGCGUGCCGCGCUGCCAAUCAUUAACCUCCUGGUGCAAGUGGCGCGGCCUGUGCCCUUUAUAAGGUGCGCGCUGUGUCCAGCGAGCAUCGGCCACCGCCAUCCCAUCCAGCGAGCAUCUGCCGCCGCGCCGCCGCCACCCUCCCAGAGAGCACUGGCCACCGCUCCACCAUCACUUGCCCAGAGUAUGGGCCACCGCCCGCCGCCACCAGCCCAGAGAGCAUCGGCCCCUGUCUGCUGCUCGCGCCUGGAGAUGUCAGAGGUCCCCGUUGCUCGCGUCUGGCUGGUACUGCUCCUGCUGACUGUCCAGGUCGGCGUGACAGCCGGCGCUCCGUGGCAGUGCGCGCCCUGCUCCGCCGAGAAGCUCGCGCUCUGCCCGCCGGUGUCCGCCUCGUGCUCGGAGGUCACCCGGUCCGCCGGCUGCGGCUGUUGCCCGAUGUGCGCCCUGCCUCUGGGCGCCGCGUGCGGCGUGGCGACUGCACGCUGCGCCCGGGGACUCAGUUGCCGCGCGCUGCCGGGGGAGCAGCAACCUCUGCACGCCCUCACCCGCGGCCAAGGCGCCUGCGUGCAGGAGUCUGACGCCUCCGCUCCCCGUGCUGCAGAGGCAGGGAGCCCUGAAAGCCCAGAGAGCACGGAGAUAACUGAGGAGGAGCUCCUGGAUAAUUUCCAUCUGAUGGCCCCUUCUGAAGAGGAUCAUUCCAUCCUUUGGGACGCCAUCAGUACCUAUGAUGGCUCGAAGGCUCUCCAUGUCACCAACAUCAAAAAAUGGAAGGAGCCCUGCCGAAUAGAACUCUACAGAGUCGUAGAGAGUUUAGGCAAGGCACAGGAGACAUCAGGAGAAGAAAUUUCCAAAUUUUACCUGCCAAACUGCAACAAGAAUGGAUUUUAUCACAGCAGACAGUGUGAGACAUCCAUGGAUGGAGAGGCGGGACUCUGCUGGUGCGUCUACCCUUGGAAUGGGAAGAGGAUCCCAGGGUCUCCAGAGAUCAGGGGAGACCCCAACUGCCAGAUGUAUUUUAAUGUACAAAACUGAAACCAGAUGAAAUAAUGUUCUGUCACGUGAAAUAUUUAAGUAUAUAGUAUAUUUAUACUCUAGAACAUGCACAUUUAUAUAUAUAUGUAUAUGUAUAUAUAUAGUAACUACUUUUUAUACUCCAUACAUAACUUGAUAUAGAAAGCUGUUUAUUUAUUCACUGUAAGUUUAUUUUUUCUACACAGUAAAAACUUGUACUAUGUUAAUAACUUGUACUAUGUCAAUUUGUAUAUCAUGAAACACUUCUCAUCAUAUUGUAUGUAAGUAAUUGCAUUUCUGCUCUUCCAAAGCUCCUGCGUCUGUUUUUAAAGAGCAUGGAAAAAUACUGCCUAGACAAUGCAAAAUGAAAUCAGAGAGAGUAGUUUUUCAGCUAGUUUGAAGGAGGACGGUUAACUUGUAUAUUCCACCAUUCACAUUUGAUGUACAUGUGUAGGGAAAGUUAAAAGUGUUGAUUACGUAAUCAAAGCUACCUGUGGUGAUGUUGCCACCUGUUAAAAUGUACACUGGAUAUGUUGUUAAACACAUGUCUAUAAUGGAAACAUUUACAAUAAAUAUUCUGCAUGGAAA